UGGCGUGUGCAAGAAUUUUUGCGUUUUGCUCCAUUCGUUAGCUGGAGCAUGGUUGUAGAAUUGAUUGAACGCCAUUGGGUGUAGUUUUUUUGUAGAUUAUGUGGAAUCCAUACGAUUUGGAGAAAAGAACACUUGUAGCAUUUAACAUACACUUUAUACAGCAAAAAAUCAACGAAUGCGACGAAUACGCAAGACAACACUGUAGUCAAAUAUGUGACGACAGUAGACUUGGGCUGCCAUUCCGAUGUCUGUGUUUGGAGAAUUAUGAAUUACAAGAAGAUUACUCGACGUGUAGAAGUUUGUUCAGUACUGCUGCCCCUACGAGCGCUGUGACGAGCAACCAGCCACCAACUACGACGGAAUUGACCAUCGCCACCAUCCUAACAACACCAUUGAGAGUUCAUGACACCACCACAACCACAACGUCAGAAUUUCGAGUCGCUGUUACAACCCAACACAUUACAUCAACCUCUCAACCUAUGUCUACGUCACCAACAACCUAUAUGAUGUCACAGGAGGUGCUGGACGAAAUAUCGAGUGAGCUCAUGCGCGACCAGAACUAUCGGUCACUGACUGAUCAACAGAAACUGAACGCUAAGUUAGUGUGUCAAAAUGCCCUGCGGUUACUAAGCAAUGACGCCAUUUUGAGAUUGAUUAUCUUGCUAAGUCGGAUUGGAAGAUACCAAAGCGAAAGUCAAAUUUGUGCAUCUCUGUACUCUGCUGCUCAGUACGAAAAUAUCGACGUAGAAACACUUCCGCUAGAUGGUGUUCGUGAGUUCACUAAUACUGAAAUCAGCACAAAUAUUAUGAAACUAAAAAUUGAUCUUGACAAAGUUACUUCAAACUCGGUGCACGCCACCCAUGGUAUGAAGCUGCAACUUCGGGAAAUUAAAAACUACAUGCAACUUAUCUUACGCUGUGUGGCGCUAUGGAGGUGGUACAGCAGAUCAACAACUGAUAGUGAGCCCAACAUUGCAAGGCGAGAAGCAACCGGAAGUGAAAUGACGUCAUCACCAACCACUGUUAAAGGUACAAAGUUCGGGAAAGUGAUUCCACCCAUGGUGCUUGUUUGGAUUAUUGUUAUUGUUUGUUUCUUAACAAUAAUUGCCUUUAUUUGUUUCAUCAUUGGAACUCGAGUUUGUUUUUCUGGGAAGUCGGAAAACAAAAAUAGGAUGUCUUACAAGCAGAAGUAAGAAAC